GUGGCGCUUCCCUGUCGCGUGUGCAGCGAGCGUCAUGUUCACCCCAUCGUUGGUAGCAAUCUAUCUUGUUGUGUCGUUUGUGGGCAAGAAAAAGUCGCGCCUCACUCACACCGAGAAGGAGAACGAGGCGUACCGGUACGCAGAAGCCCUAGAGGACAAACCAGUAAGCAGAAAGUCAGCCAUGCGACCAUCCUGCCCUCAUUCAUUUGCGCAUCUAUCCAUCUCUUUGGUGUUUCAGGAGUGGUCACUUAAGUUGUUUCGCCUGGCGGGCCGGGAUACCGUGACGGUGGAUCCCGCCAAACCAUACCGUGUGCUGCUGCCGGCAUUCAUCGAGAAGGACGCCAUUGAAGGGGGCGUGGUGGCGCCGGAGCUGGCCCGCCUCUGCAGCGGCGCCAGCGAUGAGGACAUCGCAGUGUCUUAUGUCGUACGCACAACUCGGGAAGAAAGGGCUGCACUGCUCCUCCCGAGUUUCCUCUCUCUGUGUGUGUGUGUGUGUGUGUGUUUAUUGGUGCACACGUGACCAGCGGCGUGCCGGCGCUAUGCCCACUUCAACGGGCGGACAAUCGGCGCAUCUUCCUGCCAUGUCGCAUGCGCCUGUAGCUUCCAGCAGCAGCAGCAGAAACCAACUAUGGGUGCCCUCCGCUGCGCACCAUGGGCCGGUAGGUACUUCGGCUGCUCGUCCACUGCUGGCCUCGGGCAACUUCCAGACCACCGACACCACCACCACCACCACCAACACCAUACAGGUAGGUGCACGUACACUCAUCUCUCACGCAGAUGGGAUCGUGCAUUUGUAUUGUGUGGUCUCUGUUUCUGUCUCUGUGCAGCAUCCGUUGUUGCCGUUGCCGAGCAACUACCAUCCUACGUUUCAUUUCAACCCCCGCCCGGCCGUGAGCAACGCGAAGACAAAGUUUCUUUUCUCAUUUCGUAGCUGCAUGAUGUGUUGCCUCCCUCCCACUGCUCUCUCAGGCUGGCCCUGUGUUUCCCACGCCCCUGUCGGCGCCGGGCUACAGUGGUAUUGGCACAUAAUCACUAUCACACAACACAACACACAAUCGAUGCAUGACCCUAUCCGUCCAUGGAUGGCCUUUUGUGUGUGUCAGCUGCGGUUCAGUACAACUCGAUACGCGACAACCGGUGCACGUGGGCGAAUCGUCGAGGAUCACGGGUAUGUACCCCUCCACACACACCACAACUCCAGGCACAUGCCCUCUCUGUCAGGCCCCCGCCCGGCAGAGGCUGCCCGAGACCUCACCGGCCACUCAGGCCAUCCACGCGCCCCCGUCUGCGACUGGUGCGGUGGGUGGUGGUGGCCUUCCCGUCGCCCCGCGGCCCCUGCCGCUCUACAGUCCUCAGAACAUCAACAAUGCCCCGUGUUGUGAGUGGACACACAUGCAGCCCCUCUAUGUGAGUGGGUGUGUGUUUGAACAUGUGCUGUGUGUUGUGUGUAGACGUUGGUCAGGUGGCCCGCAUGCCGCCGGCGCUCCCGCUGACGGCCGUGGCCCCUUUGUCGGUGCCCAUGGGAAUGCCGAGGGGCCCCCCGAUGCAGCUACCGGGCGGCGGCAUCACCUACGUCAACCCUCCGGUACAUGGCAACCCGACGAACCCACCAGUGGCCCCCCAGGUAGACUACCACACACACAUACGCAUAUCGACCGACCGCCAGCGUCGUUUGUUGUUGAUGGUUGCCUCUCUGUGUGUUUGUGCGUCCUUGGUGUGUGCAGUUGUCGAUGGCAAGCCAUGUGAGCCACACCCAGUACACCGUUCAAGGCAGCGCCGCCAGUGAGUGGCUGUACCUCAACAUCAACCACCAGCCCAGACACCAGGUACACCAACCCACAAGAGCACAGUAAUGUCCGCAGCCUGCCUCAUUUGGAUUGAUGGUUGCCUCUCGGUCUGUGUGUGUCGUGGGUGCCAUGCAGGGCUGACCAUGCGCACACAGGAUGGACACCAACGGGGCGCCUGUAGUAUAGAUAUGAGAGAGGGAGAGAGAGGGGGUGGGUGGGCUACCUGUGUGAUAGCAUUCGAGCUGUGCAGUGGUGGGCACCACACCACUGCACAUGGGUUGAAAGAAGCAAGUGGCUUAGACGAUUUGAUGGGAUGUGCAAGCCUUUUGUGGCCUCUUCCGACGGCGUGUGUUGCCAGACCUGCCUGUUGCCCGGCACAGACAGGGGACGGGCAGGCAGGCCUUCACACAGACAGGAAUGAGGGCAUCCUCGUCUCGUCUCGUCUCCUCUCCUUUCCUCGUCGCAUGGGCAGUCAUACCCACCCCACAGAUGACAAGCAUCUGGGUCUUUUGUGCGGGGGUUGUGCAGAUAUCGAUGUGUGCAGUGUGUGGAUGGAUGGAUGGAUGGGUGAAUGGAUCGAUGGAUGUUUGGGUGGUGUACGAAUGAACCGGCUGGCUUGGUUUGUGCAUAGCUUUCCUGGGUGACUGGUCGUGUCUGGGUGUCUAAAGCCGACGUUGCUUUGGCUGCCUGACUGAUGCCGUGCUCUUCUCCCUGCGUAUCGAUGCUCGCACUAGUGUCUGAAUGGUCGGUUGGUUGGCUGUGGGAUUUUGGCUGUCCUCUCGUUGCUCAUCGGCUGACUUGUUCAUAGGCUGGCUGGCAGUGCCAUGGUCGUAGGCUGACAGAGCUGAUUCAUUGCAAAGAGCUGACCCAUAGCACAGAUGUCUGUCGGUGUUCGGUUGCAUCGGUCAAUUUCAUUUCAACACCGGCACUGAAUGUCGGUGUCGUUUCAAC